GGAAAAACAAGAAUAAAGGCUUGGUAUUUUCCAUAUAUACAUGAUUUGUAAGAAUGCUUUUGUAUUUUUUGUGUCAAGCUUUAUUGUUUUUUUUUUUCUGGAUCUUUAAAUUUUAAGAACAGUAACAGACUUGAGUAUUUUUUUACGCAGUGAAUAGAGAUAGAAUGGAAACAGAUUGUUUCUCCACAGUGCGUAUUUUGGUGUUUUCUGGGCGUGGGAGCCGUGAUAGAAAUCCACACACACUCAGGUGCGAACCCUCUCCAGCAGGAGGGGGCUGGCUCGUGUUGGGAUGAUUAUUUAUUCAUGCGUUUCAUUCUUCCGCGCGUCAGCAGUGGGCGCUUCCUGCUGCACAUAAAGGCGGCGGAGCCGGAGGGACGCGCGCACACUGCGAGUCUGCGCUCCGCGGCGCCGCUGUCCUCCUCUCUCCGCCUGCAGGCAGCACCAACCGGACUGAAGGAAAGCGAGCUCGAGGAACACACAUCUUCUUCCUUUUUAGGGGGAAUUACGGUUCUGCAAAGGCGCGGGAGCACAAAAAGAGAAAGAAAGCAUCUUUUUUUCUUUUGUUUUUGCUUACAAGAAGGAGGGAAAUGCGCGCGGAGCGACGCGUCUAACGCACCGAGGAGUUUAUUAAAGCAGGUCCAUGAAGAGGAAAAAGAUCUGCACCAAUUAAAUUCCUCUAUUCAAGAGAGACCAUUCUAUUCAGGAGCAAUUGGAUGAGUCUUAUUAGCCCCCUGCAACUAAAGAUGAUGUUGCCAUGGAAACAAAUUGUCCUGCUAUCAAUCACCGGAUGCCUUGCAGCCUGUACGGAGGAUGUCAUAUUUCAAGGGCCAAGAUGGAGGACGGAGCCAAGUGACCUCAUUUUACCCAUCAACUCCCCGGACCAUCAGGCCACCCUCACGUGUGAGGCCGAGGGGAGCCCGCCGCCGCAGUACAGAUGGUCACUAAACGGAACACUCAUUGAUCCGGGGCACGACUACCGGCGUCGCGUGUCUGGGGGCAGCCUGAUCAUUAGCAACCUGGACAAGGACCAAGACAGUGGCGUGUACCAGUGCACUGCUUUCAACACGAGGGGCUCCAUCUUGAGCCGCAGAGCCAGCCUUCAGUUUGCAUACAAAGACAACUUCAAAACCCAGAUGGUGAGGAGCGCCGUUAACGUUCGAGAGGGCCAAGGAGUAGUUCUGCUGUGUGGACCUCCCCCACAUUCUGGAGAGUUGACUUUUGCCUGGAUCUUCAACCAGUAUCCAUACUUUGUCCAGCAAGACAGCCGAAGGUUCAUCUCCCAGGAGACCGGGAGUCUGUAUAUCGCCAAAGUGGAGCCCUCAGAUGUUGGGAACUACACUUGUGUGGUGAACAACACCAUCACCAGGGAGAAGGCCCUCAGCUCUCCAACACCAUUGGUCCUCAGGAACGACGGUGUAAUGGGCGAAUAUGAACCCAAAAUAGAAGUUCAUUUUCCAGAUCCAGUUCCAGCUGCCAAAGAGUCGGUGGUGAAACUGGAAUGCUUCGCUCUGGGAAACCCGGUGCCAGAAAUAAGCUGGAGGAGGACCAGCGGCGUUCCUUUCCCCAGCAAGGUGAAAAUGAAGAACUCAAACGCCGUCCUGGAAAUACCCAAUUUCCAGCAGGACGAUUCAGGCACCUAUGAAUGCAUGGCGGAGAAUCGGCGAGGAAAAAAUGCGGCGCGGGGUCGCAUUUCAUUCCACGCUAAACCUCACUGGAUCCAGACCAUGACGGACUCGGCUUUGUCCAUAGAGGAAAACCUCUUCUGGGAGUGUAAAGCCAGCGGAAAGCCCAAACCGUCCUACAGCUGGCUGAAGAACGGGGAGCAAGUGACGGCCGAGGGCCGCGUGCAAAUCGAGAAUGGGGCCCUCUCCAUCACCGCGCUGAACCUGUCGGAUUCCGGGAUGUAUCAGUGUGUGGCCGAAAACAAACACGGCACUAUUUAUUACAGCGCCCAGCUAAUGGUGUUGGCUUCUGCGCCGCACUUCACUAAAACGCCGCUAAAGACGCUGCUAAAAGCCCGCUCGGGCAGCGAGGUCACUCUGGAAUGCAAGCCCGAGGCUUCUCCCCCAGCAAUUAGCCUGUGGAAGAAAGGGAACGAGAUUCUACAGAGAAGCGAAAGGAUAUCUUUGUUUUCAAAUGGAACACUGAAAAUUGCCAAUGUCACCAAACGGGAUGCAGCCAGCUACACGUGCGUGGCUAAAAACCAGUUUGGAUCAGCGAGCACAUCUGGAAGACUCAUUAUCACAGAACCCACCAGAAUCACCGUGAGGCCCACCAACAUGGAGAUCAUCGUGGGGGAGAGCAUCGUGCUGCCUUGCCAGAUUGCCUCCGAUCCCGCUCUGGAGGUCACGUUCUCCUGGGCGUUCAACGGUCAGCUGAUCGACUUCCAGCGAGACGGCGACCACUUUGAAAGAGUGGGUGGGAGCGUUUCUGGAGAUCUGAUGAUUCGUAACAUCCAGCUGAACCACGGUGGGAAGUACGUGUGUGUUAUCGACACCGAGGUGGAGAGCCUGUCCACGUCUGCCAUUCUCGUCGUCAAAGCACCCCCAGGCCCCCCAGACAAGGUUACAGUGGAGGAAAUCACAGACAGCACCGCUCAGCUCAGUUGGACUCCAAGCCGGGACAACGGCAGCCCGAUCACCGGGUACAGCGUCCAGGCUCGGACACCUUUCACUGUUGGCUGGCAGGCCAUGGACACAGUGCCGGAGGUGGUCACAGGGAACAUGCUCACAGCUACAGUGGUGGGCCUGAAUGCAUGGGUGGAGUACGAGUUCAGGGUGGUGGCUCGCAAUGCCGUUGGCCUCGGAGAGCCCAGCCCAUCCUCGGCUAAGACCAGGACAGAGGACACAAUCCCCGACACGGCUCCCACUGAUGUUGGAGGGGGAGGCGGCACAAAGUCUGAAUUAGUGAUAACUUGGGAGCCGGUUCCUGAGGAGCUGCAGAACGGAGACGGCUUCGGCUACAUCAUCGCCUUCAGGCCGGCGGGUGCAGUCACAUGGACGCGGGCGGUCAUCUCUACGCCCGGUGUGUCACGCUACAUUUUCCGCAAUGACACCAUCCCACCCUUUUCGCCAUUCGACAUCAAAGUGGGAGCCUACAACAACAGAGGGGAGGGGCCAUUCAGCACCAUAACCACCGUCUACUCGGCAGAGGACGUCCCCAGUGUGCCUCCUAAGAGGGUUCGGGCCAGGAGUUUGUCUGCAGCACAAAUUGAAGUAAUGUGGGAAGCUGUCCCCGACAUGCCUGAAAGAGUCCUGGGUUAUGAGGUUGUGUACUGGGAAGAUGACACCAAGCCCGACACCAUCGGCAAAGUGCGCAUAACUGGAAACUACACCCUGGUUAAUAUCACAGGGCUGAAAGCAAACACGGCGUUCUACCUCUCUGUGGCUGCUUUCAACACUGCCGGCCCCGGACCGCAGUCUGCGCCCAUCAACUGCACCACAAAGAAGCCACCUCCUGAUCGGGCUCCGCUCAACAUACAAUGGACCAUGAUCGGCUCUACACUCACCCUGCACUGGGACCCUGUGGUCGCCACGGAGAUGGAGUCAAAGGUGACGGGGUAUGCGGUGGUGGUGAAGAAGCAUCGCUACAACGAAAUCAACACCAUCUUCACCAACAAAACCACAGCCGAGCUCAGCCUCUCCGCCAGCGACAACUAUCUGAUUCAGAUCAAGGCUCUGAGCGAGGGCGGGGAAGGCGUGGGCAGCGAGCCCAUCCACAUACACAAGCUGAGCAUGGGCGCAAGAGGUUCGGGAGCAGGUCACCUCAGUCAAGUUCCCCUCUCCGUCCUACUCAUCCGUUCAGUGCUCUGCUCGCUCUGGUGAUACGGGAUCUUUACAUUCCCUACUUUAUUGUUGUCUACGCCUACCCUCCGCUGGACCGGCAUAAGGUUUCAAUGGCGAGCUCAGAAGAGGAUUCGACUGUUUGAAACUCCAAAGUCCUUUUGGAAGGACGGUACGACGGAAUCCUAAUGAGUGGCGCGUAUGAUGUCUUGCAGGGUUUCUUCCAGUGUCAAAGUGCCAGGUUGUGCUUUAGAAAGUCUGACGUCCACUUGACCUUUAUUCUUUCAUAUGUCAUUCAGAUACUAUUGCCUUAAAACCCACUUAACAAAACAUAACAAACCAAAGUAGAAGGCGCUUAUAUUACCUGAUUAAAAAAACAAAAUUACAGUCAUACAGCAGCAUCAGAUGCAUCAGUGAUGCUGCUUCCCAAUAAUCUUGAAAUAAUCACAAGAGUUGCUGAAAUCACAGUGGGUCUGCUGUCUUUCGUGUGUUCUGCUGAAAUUAGUACCUGCUGACGACAUUGCAAAGAGAUAUCCGAUGCAGAUGCAAAAUUCAGCUGAUAGAAAUAAGGUUAGGCAGAGUUGUCCUGGCCAAUGGAAUCAUGUAACUGCAUAUUCAAAUAUAUUGGUGGUAAAACAGCUUUUUGCUGUGUUUACCUCGUCACAUAUUGAUGUUCGGUUGAGGACCCCGCCCCGUCACUUUUUGAUAUUUUGGGUGUCUCCUACUCAUUUUUUGACAUGCUGGCUGUUCCCAUAAAAUUACGGGUCCGGAAACUGAAACUAGACCAGUACUGGGAUGUGGAGUGCACCAGUACCCUAACCCAGUACCAGUGCCCCAGCCUGGUACCAGUUCGGGUCUGCUACUAGCUGAGAUCCAAUACUGCGUCUUGUAUCAAAUCUGGUACUACAUGCAGACUGGUCCUUGGGACACGACCGGUAGCGGUACCCUAACCCCAUUACUGGUACCCUAACAAAGUACCAGUUCGCGUCUAGUACUGGUUUGGGUCCAGUACUGCAUCUGGUACUGCACUAUCAAAUGCAUUACAGCACGUAGACUGGUCCUCCAGACGUGGCUGGUAGCAGCACCCUUCUCCUUACCCCAUUACUGGUACCAUAACCCGGUACUAGCUUGCAUCAGGUACUGGUUCGGGUCCAGUACUGCAUCUGGUACCACAUCUGGUACCGCUGAACCGGGUGCGUGCAGACUGGUCCUCGGGACUCGGCUGGUAUCAAUACCCUAACCCCAUUUCUGGUACCCUAACCCAGUACCGGUUUGCGUCUGGCACUGGUUUUGGUCCAGUACUUCUUCUGGUACUGUGGUACCGGAUGCAGUACUGCAUCCAAGCUGAUAUUGGUACCCUAACCCCAUUACCGGUACACUAACCCGGUACCGGUUCGUGUCUGGUACUUGGUUCAGGUCCAGUACUGCGUCUGCUAUGGCGUCCAGGACUGGUACCCUAACCCGGUAACAGUUCACGUCUGGUACUAGUUCGGGUCCAGUACUGCGUCUGGUACCAGGUCAGGGUAGCGGUAAUGGCUGCGUCCCGAGGACCAGUCCUCGUGUGGUACAGCCUACGGUACCGUUGUGGACCCAUGAUUUUACGAACAGCCAGCACGACAAAAAACAACAAGUUGGGGACACCCGAAACGUCAAAAAGCAACCCAGGGGUCCUUAACCAAAUGUCAAUAUGUGACGACUUGGGAGUGAGAAUUUGUUGCAUUGACACAAUGGUGUCCAACAAAAGCCAGUCAACAACACAGAGUACCAGUUGAGUGCUGUUGCCAGACUGCUUUUUAAUGCUGCGUUCACACCAAAUGUAACUAGUCCAUCAAAUUUACGUCGGCCACUUGUUUUGGCAUGCCUAAAAUUUGCUGCUAAACACUUGUCCAAAAGUUUGUUCAUAAACCUGAUACUCCUGUGUCCUGUACUGUGUGGAAGGAGCUACCAAGAGUAUAUCUCAGCUCCAUUACUAUAUCAUGGAAGACCUAGGCAAUGUUGUGAAAUUAGCUUGAUUUUAUUUAUUUUGGAGAGCUCUAUAAAGGUGUUGGCAAGCAUGUCUGGGAUCAUGGCAUCAUUCAGAGACUCUCCUAAUACGGGGAAGUUCACCAUGUACUGCAGAAACGAAUGCAUCACGGACGCUUUCAGUAGUUCUUCUGUCUCUCUGUGGCCCAGUUUGAUAACUUGCUGUCCCACAUUUGUUCGAAUACACUAAAAAUAAGAACAUAAGAGGAAUAUUUAUUUUGUCUCUGUACAUAUUAAAUUUGAAGGAGCACAAGCGGCAACAAACAGCUUUUCCUCCAUGCUGGAUUUGGACUUCUGCCGCUGUUCACAUCAAUAAUACUUCACUACCAAAGCUGAGUUCCUGAUUAGUUGACAAGAGGCGAGAAACUUUGACAUGCGUCAGAUUUUCAACACUCUUUGCUGUGGAAAGCCUUGCUGCACCAGCAGAAAUGUGCUGCCACAAGAUAAUCAUCACUCAAAACACACCCAUCAUAGUGUAUGUACAUUAUCUUAUCAAUGAAACUGAAUGCCUCUGAUAGGCCAAUUGCAUUUGGUGUGAACGUAGUUUAAGAAUACUUUAACUCACAUUCACAAUUUUGAGUAUAAUCUUUGGCUGCAUCUAUGUCUUGCUUUCCACCCAUUAGUUCCCAGCAAUGGAUUCCUACUGGUCAACCAGUACUACUAGUUCUAUAUUUUAAACAAAUGAAUUUGAGCAUAGGGAUGGUGGAGUGCCCAAUUUUGGAGCCCUCCAGAUUCUUUCUCUGUUUCUUUGCAGAUGAUGUGGUUUUUGUGGAUUUUCCUUGAAAUCUCCAGCUCUUAGAGUCCUCACGUCCAAGUUUGAGUCCAUGGUUAUUUGUGGAUGGAUCAUCCUCAGCAGUUAACUUUAUGUGAGGGGCCAUCCUUUUUCUCCACAUAGAUGGGCACUUGACAGUUAAAUGAUGCUCCGUCUAGUAUAUUCCAUCUAGAACAAAAGUUGAAUAACGGACAACCCAGCUGAUGUGUGACUGUGCUGCAUCCAUCUUCGUUGGCAAGUGAUGGAUAGAUUAGUGCAGCUAUAUGGACUCUGUACCUGCCCGUUGUAUUAAAAGGAUCAGUGCGAGUUAUUGGAUUGACACGCCUUUACCCUCACCUAUGGUCACCAGCUGAAGUGCUGAAUGAAAAACUAAGCCAUCAGAUACAGGCAGCUGCAAAAAGUUGCUUCUAUGUGAUAGCUGGAUUUUCACCUAGAGUGAGAAUAAAAAGCUAAGUAUCAGCGGGAUAUCCGGCUAUGAUCCCUUCUGGGUAUGUUUCAUGGGCAUGUCCAACCAAGUGGAGGCACUCUGUUAGACCCUGGACCACAGAGAGAAAUUUCUCUAAAGAACAUGGCAUCUUUUCAUGGAGCUGGAGGUUGUUGGGAGAUCUGGGCUUCUCGGGUUCCUGCUGCUGUGACCCAAAUAGAGAUAAGCAGAAGUGAAUUGAUAGAAUUGUUUAUUUUGUGCCAUUUUUUCCUAAAGAAUAUUGCAUUGCGGGCAUUGUAUCUUCACCAGUGUUUGUCAAAUACAUGACAAAUUCAUAAUUGAUGAGCUGUGCCUGAAACCCACUUAAUUUAGGGUGCUGAAAUAAUAUCAAGUCUGCCAGAGGAGCCACAGGCUCACGAGCUUCAUACCCCCUCAACAACAAGCCGAUAGAGCUUGGCAUUUCUGCUCUCUAUCUUGAGCUCCUAUAAAUAAUAAAUGCCUAUCACAGUCUGCAUUAUCAGUCCAGCGGAAGAGGUUGAGAAUGAUAGAUGUACGGUGAAGCUCAGUGCAGAUGCCCUGAAGUGUACUGUUUUUUUUGUGUGCGUUUUUUUUUUUUUUUCUACGUUAAGAUGACCCAUGUGGUCUGAAACACAUCGUGAUCUACAGCCUAGAUGACCGGCUGCCACAAUAGGACAAGAUAACAGUGCCUUUAUUAGAACUCACCCAGUGUUUUUCUUUAUUUCCUGUCCAGAUAGCAGAGUUGUCUUUUUUUUAAUGAUUUUGAAGUAUAUUAGCGAUGAAAAACUCAGAAUGUGGCAGCCACUUUUGGUGAAAAACAAUUGCAAUGGAAUGUGAUGAAUUGCAGACGUUUGGUCCCGAUAUUUCUGAUCUGUCACUUUGUCCAAACAAAAAGCUACGUUCACACCGACCUCAGUGAUACACGUUCAAACGACCACUUCUAAUAUUGUUUCGGCCCCAAUAGGCACACCAGCCUCAGUCUAGGGGGGACGACCAAAAAAGGGACCAUAACAUAUGAAACUGGUCACAAAGAUCAUGAGAAACACAGUUUAUUGACGAGAAAAAGAAACAGUGUCCUGUAAAGCAAAAAUAAGUUACUGCUACUGCUGGUUAAAAAAUAGAAUUGCAAAACAAAGGGAUUGGAACCUUGGCCAAACAGAAAAUAAGUCACGGAGACUACUAACAAAAAGAAACAAAGACUGCCAAGGUCCAAGCCCAAACUAAAAUAACAAAACCCAGCAGUUUAAGACUACUGAGGAAAUAAAGAAGAAAAAAGAGAACCAAACAAACCAGCACAAUUCAAACUCAAAGACCUGCUGCUCCUCAAGCCUCCUGCUCUGCCUGCCUUCCUGCUGGUUGACAGCCUCCCCUGGCUUAAAAGCCUGGCAGGUCCUGGUCAAGCACAUUUAGGCACCUGUAUUCAAAGUUUUCGCAUUCCCAUGCAAGUUUCUGUUCAAGUUUCUAUGACUAUUUUCCGGCUUUAUGUACAAAACACAUGCCCAUUGAAUGCUCAUUAAAAGUUAAACCAGGUUGAAUUUUGACCAGUCAGGGACUUGGAUUUGUUAGUGACGAAUGGAUGACAUCCCAUUAAAUACACUGAAGUGCCAACCGUUUGAAAAUUGAUGAUGGAAAAGAAAUUAAUAAUUGUGGUUUGUGCCCAACCGAAAUUAUAUGAUACCAAUGUAGUUUUGUUAGAUUCCCACCGCUUUGACAUUUUGUACUGAACCUCUUCAAGCUAUUGAUGGCGGACACAUAUGGAGCUAAAUUGGGGCCAAUAUUAUUUGACACCCAAAUAAAACAAAUUGGAAAACAUAUCCAAAUCUUUUUACUAUUCUUAAAUAAAAUUAAUUAUUUUCUGCUUCAAAUGUUCAAUUUUUUAGUUUUCAAAACUCAAUUUUUUUUUUGAAUCCCCUCCCUGAUUGUUCAGUGUGAACACUAAAUCUUAAAAGCACAUAUAAGAACACUUUAUUAGCAUCUUCUAGAAUGUGCAUCACAUGCUCGGUGUGAUUGUAGCUUAAGAAAGCAUCAGAAUAAUGUUGGAAUGGUUUGGACACACACCAGAAACUAGGUACUUUUCUCACCUUCUGCAUCAGUUGGUCAAAAGAAGCUACUGCUGGGGUCCUGGGCGUUGUUAUAGUGAAUGGAUGUGGUCAGCGGAACUGCUAUUUAUUUCUGUGCCUUUGCUAAAUGUGGGGUUGUGCACGAUUUCUUAAGCAGAGGCAAGUUUUUUGUCUUCAUUUUGCACUCUUUAACUCCAAUCCCCUCCCCCUUCCCUCUCAAAGUCAAAUUAAAGCACAACGAUUUGAUGCAAGGUGACUGGAAGUCGUCACUUAACCGUCUGAACAGGUGGACGGGACCCCAGAGGCCUCAUAAAAGGUCCAAACGGCCGACGCGAUUGGGCUGUCCCAUCCGCCCCCUUGACUGGAUUCAUAAAACUCUGUGCUCGUUGAUUAAACUGCUGCGGCCCAAGUCAAUGGGAUAUUGAUUUUCCAGGGCCAUUAUUGUGGCUGUCACAAUCCAGCUGCUUGAUUGACCGAUGCCCAACUUCUUAUGCACUUGUUCUGUUGUGUGACAGUACAGUAUGUGAGGUUUCAGACGUCCUCUACUAUUUACUCCACUUUACUCCCCCAUAGAGACAAUGUUUUUUAUCUUUAAUAUCUCCUGGUAUUUGUCUACUCUUUGCUUUGUUUUUUUUUUUUUUACUCCAUUUACUCUUUAGACUCAAGACAGAAGAUGAGUAGUGUAGUGACAGAUUGUGGCUUUGAACUGAAGUGGUGACCUGAAAUUGAACUGCUGAUUUGAUUUUUGUUUUGUUUUUUGGAUUGCAAAUCUAAACCAGCAUCAUGUUCGAGCAGCAUCUCCUAUUUGCCGACAGCAAAGACGCCCGGUCACACCAGCAUUUAAAGCCGUGACAGUUGCUUUGUUAGAAGCAAUUCAAGCCCACUUUGAUCACAAACUAGUCUCUUUUUCCCCAUCUCAUGUGUAACAACGCUUAGAGAGGAUGUUUUAACAUGGCUAAUUAUCUGUUGUCCACAAUGCAUCUAAUUUAAAUCCACUAAAUUAACUUUAACUGUCAUGUUGGGUCAUUUCUACUGAGUAAACAUGUUAAGAAAAUAAUAUCCCGAGAUAAAAUCAUUAAAAAGAAACAUAUAUUGUUAGAACUUUAGUUUUACCUAGCUAGCAUGUUAAGCAAUUAACUUGCUAGCUAGCUUUGUUAUAUCAGCAAAUAUCUACAUAAAAACAUGCAUUUUGACUAUAAAACUGUGUUUUUAAAACUGUGUUUUUUCUUUAUAACUUCGCUUUACUGGGUUAUAGUUCAUGAAAUAUUAGAACCUUUUUGUUUAAUUCCAUCCAAGUUGGCUUUUAAGUUUUUAUUUGGAGGCUAAAAGCAUUAGCUUAUCCUAGUAUUGCUCCAAUAUAUCCUAAUCUU